AUGGCUACUAGUCCCUUUAGCCCGACCGAGCAAGUAAAGCCCUUAGCCCCAUCAUCAAGGUACAGCGUUCGCAGCCAUGACUUGGAAGAAGACGUCGUCGCUUCCGUCCACCUAAAGCUCACCCAAAGAAAAUACGUCCACUGCUGCGGCCUCGCCUCCGCCAUGUUCUUGAUCCUCGCCGUCAUCGCCAUCGUCCUCGGCUUCACCGUCUUCCACGUCAAGGGCCCCAAGAUCACCAUGAACGGUGUCACGAUCACUAACGGAAGUUUAACGAACGGUUCCAACAUCACUAUCAUGGUAGAUGUGUCGAUCAAAAACCCUAACGUCGCGUCGUUUAGGUAUGAAAACACGUCCACUUUGGUUUACUUCAACGGGACGGAGGUCGGCGAGGGGAGGAGCCCAGCAGGGGUGGCGAAGGCGAGGAGGACGAUGAGGAUGAACGUGACGGUGGAUAUUGUUCCGGCGAAGAUCUUGGCCGUGCCGGAGUUUAAUAAAGAGUCUAAGGCGGGGGCGUUGACUUUUACUAGCUUUACGAGCGCUCAUGGGAAGGUGAAAGUUGCUAUGGUGAAGAAGAAUGUUGUGGUUGAGCUGAAUUGUACCAUGGUGUACAAUUUAGCGAGCGGAGGGAUUCAGGCCGGAGAUAAGUGCAGACGGCGAGUUAGACUUUAG